CUGAGGUACCUUUGGCGCAACAUCGGGCUUGCUAUCUCUCUAUGCUCUUCCUUGCUUAUAUUAACAAAGUUAAUAUAAUAGCAUUUUGAACACAUUUUGCGCAAUCAGAUUUCUUAAUCACACUGUAUCUAUUUUUCUUUGUGUAUCUUAGAUCAUGGACGGGCUUUUAAAGACUACGGUAGUGGUGGUGUUCGUGGCCCCUUUGGCUCUGGCUAUUCCCACAGCACCCGAGGCUCCAGCAGUAACCGAGGGUUACGGGGAACUUUCAACCUAUUUCGAAAAUGAUUUAGCAACAACCAGCGACAGCGAGGCGCAGGACGGCGCAAACCGUGUGCUAACAGGAUUUGGUUACAGCUAUGGUGACCAAUAUUUCGGCUCAUACCCAGGCUAUCCUCAAGGCACAGGACCAACCUUUAACCAGUGGCAGUAUAAUAACGGCUACUACGAUACAGGAUACCAUCAAAAAUGUUCACGCUACUGCCCUGGAUCCAGACCUGGAUCCUACAUCUGCUGUGGCCCAAGCCACCCCAAUGAGCCUCGGUGCCCGGAGGUGAGGGCGACCUGCACUGACCCCUACUACUACAGCAGGCCUCCCCAGCGGUGCGAGAAUAGCCAUGAGUGCUCGCCGGGUUCACUCUGCUGCUACGAUACGUGCCUGGACCAUAAGACAUGCAAGCCUGCGCAGUAUGGAUAUGUUAUUCGCCAAAGCUGAAUAUAUUUGUCCUGCUUUCAUGAUAUGUUAUUCUGUAUCAGAAGUGAAUGAUAUACCAAAUUAUGUAUUUCAAUAGGUGCCUCGAUAUUUUGUAGUAGUUAGCACAAUAUAUAUGUAUUCAUA